AUGGCUAUUACAUCCUCGAGCGAUAAAGCUGUCACUGAUACUCAUUCCUUACUGUCCUUCAUCUCGAAGCUUCUCGCAGACUCCACGAACAGUGAGGCGAAAAAUGGAACAAGUCGAGCCAAACCUUCUUCGUCAUCUGCGACAUCCUCGUUGCCCAGUGCUUCAGUAACACUUCCAAGCACUCCUGAGCUCCCUUUAACAAGCUCAUCGGACCCUUCCACUGCUGUACUGCUUCAACCGGAAUGCACUAGCGAUUCAACGCCUGAAAACCAUAGCAAUAAAGAUCAAGUAGCGUCUCUAUGUACAGGACGACCCGUAAAGAAACCGAACAAGAUCCAAAACUCGGCGCUUCUGAACUCGCUCUCAGUUACGUCGCGACCUGUCAAUCAGUGGAGUACGUCGGAUAUGGAUGCUGUCCUGAACUCGCCGCUUUUUCGUACGCUUCCGCGAAUGUCAUUCAGACCUCCAACCAAGCGAAAGCUUUUCGACGAUUUUUCGGCUUCUACCUCAAGUUUGCACGAUUCGCGCCCCGAAAUAGACGAUUUGGAAAGUUUUGCACAGCAUUUCAAGAGGCAGCGUAUCAAACUUGGUUAUACCCAAGGUGAUGUAGGACUCGCUCUUGGCAGAAAGUACGGUACGGAUUUCUCGCAAACAACAAUUUCCCGAUUCGAGGCUAUGAAUCUCUCCUUCAAAAACAUGUGUAAGCUUCGCCCGUUACUGAAGGAAUGGUUGGAGGGUCAAGAAGCAGCCGUGGCUAAUGGUGUAAAUGUGGAGGAACUGCGGACUAUUGAGAUCGCUAAGGUUGGGUGCAUAAUUAUGCAUAACGUCAUGUUGGUUCUAAAUUUGCUUAAGUUUAGGAGAAAGUGGAGGAAUGCGUAGAG